CGUAUGGCAACCAUCAGCGGCAGCAUCGAGGGCUACCUCAUCAAGCUCGACGACGAGUUUGGCGCGAUCGUCUACUGCCUCCUCGAAGAAGGCAGCUUGGUCUACUACAGCGGGAAAGGCGGCGCACUCCUCGGCGAGCUCCAGCUCACCGGCAACAAGGUCAACGUCAACCUCAUCCGUGACGCGUCCGACGCGGUGCCCAACCGGUUCAUUGUUUCGAGCCGGAAGCGGCCCGAACCGCGAAAGGAACUCGACGAGACGUCGUUCCCGCCCGAGCGCGACGCCGACACGCGACUGCUGUUUGCCGCGUCGACGCCCGAGUGCCAAGAGAACUGGGCGACCGCGAUUCUCAAUUGGAACAAGCACUGCUGGGACGACGCGGAGACGGUCUUCAGCUACAAGGACGAGCUCGACGCGCUCCGACGGCUCGUGCAGCGUUACCACCUCAAGGAGAAGCCGCGAAAGCAGUCCGAGCCAGGUAGCGGACACGCCGUCCCGGUCUUUCCGAUUGGAUAGCGUUCGUUGUCGGUCGAUCCAUCAACAAUCUAUCUAUUCAACGUCA